AUGGAGAAGCUACUGCUGUUCAAACACAUUGUGGGGACUCAGAACCGCACUCCCCUGAGCUGCAGGGCAGUCCCAAAAGAAGUUCCGGAGCGCUUCCGGAGGCAGUGGCAAGGCAGCCAGGAGCUGAGACAGGAGACCUGGAGGGCGGCAAAGAACUGUUUGCUGGCCACCCCGAAGUUGGGAGUCGGGGCAGCCACACAGACUUUGCACCCCCCGGGUGAUGAUGGUUUUGCUGAGUCUGGGGAGGGUUUAAGGGUGGCGGAACUGAGGGAGGGUGAUGCAUCCCCUCGGUCUCCGGACCCCGACCCGCUUACGGAGGGACAGAAACGAGCUCAAUCCUUCUGGGGCGGGUUGGCGGAGGAGGCUCGGGGCGCCGCGGAGAAAGCAGAGUCUGAGGAGGUUCGGGCUGAACCGCCGCCCUAUACACCCCAAAAUGGCGCUGAGCAAAAAAGGGGGGGGCGAGGUAAAGAUGCCCGUGGUGGUAAAAGGGAGGAAAAGUUGGUAUCAGCAAGUGCACACAGAAGGAGGGGGGAGGUGAAAGAAUGUGAGGGGAGUGUGAGCGAGGCGGAGGAGGAUGGGACCGUGAGCGAGGCGGAGGAGGACGGGAGCAGGAGCGAAGGGCAGAAAGCCAACCGGAGUCGUUAUCUGAAAAAAUGUCUUUGUAGGGCAAAUCCCCCGCCAAGCCGGGGGCAGAGCAAGCCGGGAGGGGGGGAUGAGCCAAGGGGGAGGGAACGGCCCCGUGGGCGGUGCAGGAGCCCGGAGCAGCCCGCCCGCAAGGGGAGUGAGCGGGGCCGGAGCUCAACAAAAAGGUACUGGGGACCGGAAGUAGCCGGUCAGUCGAGCUCUGACUUCGGAUCGGACACCAGCCGGGAUGAGUGGCCGGUUACCGAUUCAAACUCAGAGGAGGAGGAAAUGGGAAUAUAUACAGUCAAAAGCAAAAACAUUCUCAUCCCAAAUAAAAAGGGACCGCGAGGGAAAAACAUCCCUGUCACCGACUGGAAGAGAGUAGAGGCUCCGUGUGCCGAUUGGGUCCCACCAGCCACGCGAGCAUUCCCGGUCCGGGUGACGGACAGGGGACAGAGGGUCCACUCACCAAUAAACCCUAAGGAUAUACAAGCAAUUGUUAAGGCAGUUGCGGAAAAAGGGCUUAAUUCUGCCAUGGUCCCCACCCUCAUAGGUGGUGUCUUGAGUUUCUGUUCACAGGACCAGAUUAUCGGACGCCCCCGUGACCCGUACACCUCGGUGGCAACAGAGGACAACAAGUCAACAGGCGACCUGUCCACACCAGAGAGCUUUACACCGGCAGAACCCAAGCAACGGCGACGUAGCCUCUGUGGCGGGGGGCUACGACGUCUUUGUGUGAUCUUGAUUUUAGAACUUGUCACCACAGGACAGAACAUCAUCUGUCAAAGCGAGAACCCUUUACAGCACUAA